CAAAUCGGUAUCACAAGUGUUGGAUUUUGGUUUGAACCAGAAAGUGCAGAAGACGAAGACGCGGCUCGUCGAGGUUUGGAAUGGAAUUUCGAUUGGUUCACUCGUCCGAUCUUCCAUGAAGACGGGUCAGCGAACUUUUUGGGUCUGAAUUACUACACUUCAUUCAUGGCUCGUGAACUGAAACCAGGCGAACCAGGCAACCACAUUCAAGUGGAUCGCGACUCAGGUGUUGCAUGGUCACAUAGCAACAAAUGGAAAACGAUCGGACCACCAGGCUCAUGGCUUCAAGACUAUCCACAAGGUUUUCGUAAACUACUGAAUUAUAUUAAGCACAAAUACAAUAACGUGACAGUGUUGAUCACAGAAAACGGUUGUAUGGACACACUCGGAGAGGAACUGCACGACGAAACGAGGAUCGCUUAUCUCGCCGAACAUCUCAAGACGAUCUCAUUGGGUUCCGAUAAAUGUAAUGUUAUUGGGUAUACGUUGUGGAGUCUGUUGGAUAAUUUCGAGUGGGAUCAAGGAUACAAGUUCAGAUUUGGUAUUUAUCAUGUCGACUUCGAAGAUGCGGACCGCAAACGAACACCAAAGAAAUCAGCCGAAUGGUACAAGGAAAUAAUCGCUCGUAAUUCAGUUCUCGUCGACACCAACAAUGCAUAA